AUGUCAAAAGUUAAUAGACGACGAAGUCAUUCACGUCAUGCGUAUUCUAGAAGAUCUAUAGAAAGUAUUACAUCGAAUGAAACAGAAACAUUUUCAAGUGAAGAAGAAGAAGAAAUUUUGAUUAAUCCAAAUGCAGAUAUUGAUUUCUCGAAUGAAUCUGUAUUAAACGAUAUCAGUGAUCUUUUUUCGUUUUGUAAAGAACAAAUUAAUACUCGUUUCACCAGCGUGCUUAUAUAUAUAUCUUUACGUCAUUUUAGUCAUUCUUGGAGAGGCGUCGAGUCAUUUUUAACGUCAAUCGGUGGUAUGACCAUCAAAACACGUCACACAUGGACAAAUAUUUUAGUAAACAAAGACAUUGAUGAAUUCACAAUUGAAGAGAGUGUGCGUGUGGUUUUGACUGGAUGA